UCGUCAAACCGCGCGAGAGUUGUGUGCCAGAGCGUGUGUUGUCGUACAAACAAACAUGUCGGCUCCUAAGCGAAAACGUGGGGGACAGCAUGUCGGUGGAAAAAAGGCAAAACAACUCAAAAUGUCCGCGGAGGGAGGAACCCCACCGAGUGAAAACCCACAGGAAACAACAAAUGUUAUCACCGUCCCGGCACCGGUGUCUAUGGGCAAAUGGAUCAACAAGGAAAGAGUUCUCAUUUUUUCUUCCAGAGGCAUAGACUUCAGAACAAGACAUUUAAUGCAAGACCUUAGGAGCAUCAUGCCACAUUCCAAAGCAGAUACAAAAAUGGACAGGAAGGACAAGCUGUUUGUGAUUAAUGAAGUGUGCGAGAUCAAAAACUGCAACAAGUGCCUCUUCUUUGAAGCCAAGAAGAAACAGGACCUUUAUUUGUGGAUUUCAAACAGCCCUCAUGGACCCUCUGCAAAAUUCCUGGUUCAGAAUAUACAUACACUGGCUGAGCUCAAGAUGACAGGAAACUGCCUGAAAGGAUCCAGGCCGCUGUUGUCGUUUGAUCCGAAAUUUGACCGGGAGGCCCACUAUGCUUUGCUUAAAGAGCUUUUCAUCCAGACUUUUUCUACACCACGCUAUCACCCCAAGAGUCAGCCCUUUGUGGACCAUGUCUUCACUUUCACCAUUGCAGACAACAGGAUUUGGUUCCGAAACUACCAGAUCAUGGAGGAAGAUGCCGCGCUCGUUGAAAUCGGACCUCGCUUUGUCCUCAACCUUAUCAAGAUCUUCCAGGGCAGCUUUGGCGGACCCACGCUCUAUGAGAACGCAGGCUUUAAGUCUCCCAACAUGCAAAGGCGAGAGAUUCGUCUGGCAGCGGCGGCCCGGGUGCGCGAGAAGCAGAUGGUGAAGGAGCUGCAAAAUAUAAAGAGGGAGCAAGCUAAGCCCAACAUCAUUACAGACAUCACGGAUGAUGUUUUUGACACACCGGCGGAGAAGAAACCUGUUCAGAUUGAGACGGAGCCGGCAGGGGAAAAAGUCGAAAAGAAAAAGAAUAAGAAGAUGUUCAAAAGGACGAGGAAGCAAAUGACGAGCAGGUGAAAGGACAGACAGAAACAUGCCGAAAAUACAUUCAUUCAUCGGAAUAUUUUUUUGUGAAUUUGAUGUAUUUACACAUUAAAAGUUACAUGUCAACGUAACUUUUAUUUUAGUACAAUUGUUUCAGCAUUUUACUAAAACAGCUUUAUCAGGAUUAUAUUGAAAUUGUGUAUGUUAAACUUCUUGAAAUAAACACAAGCAAACAAGUGAA